UCUACUUUAUCAGUCGUCUCAUCCUCACUCACAUUCACUAGCAAAUAACUCUUCUUUCCAAGUUUCAUCACCACAGUUUCAAUCACAAUGGCUACAGCUCAGGUUGUGUCAGCUCCAACGCCAGUAGCAGAGACUGUUAAAACUGAGGAAGUGAAGACCGUUGUAGACGUCCCGAAAGAAGAAGUGGCUGCAACUCCCGCCCCCGAGGUGGUGGCCGAGGAACAAGUGAAAGAAACCGAAGAAGAGGUGGCUGCAGCACCAGCAGCUGAGGUGGAGGAACAAAAGCAAGUCACCGAAAAAGAGGUGGCUGUACCGCCGACGGAGGAACAAGAGCAAGCAACCGAAGAAGAGGUGGCUGCACCACCAGCUGAGGAACUUGCUACUCCUGUAGUCGAGACUAAGGAGGUUGCAGUAGAAAAGACCGUGGCAGAAGAUGAGACCAAAGAAGUUACACCCAAAAAGCCCGUGGAAGAAAAAUUAGAGGCUGAAGCUCCUAAGGAGGCUGCUAUUGAGGAGACUAAAGAAGAAGCCCCUGAAUGCACAGAUGCACCGGUGAAGGAAGCAGCUGCGGAGGAGGAGAAACCAGCAGAAGCAGUGACGCCGGCAGCGAAAGAGGAGUGAGGAGUAUGCUUAUAUGCAAGGUGGUACCGGAGAAAGCGUCGCAGGAUUUCGGAUCUUCUACACUGCACGUCAAAGUUGGUCAUUUUCUAUUGUUUUCUUCAGUUUGUUAUUUACAUAUUAUGAGUUAAGAUUUUAGUAUUUUGUAUUUGGUUUUAAAGCAGAAAUAAUAUUAGUAUGUUGGGUCCAAGUCUUAUAUUGUGAUGCAUAAUGAAGCGUUUACCUGAGUAUGGCUUUCUUAUGGAAA